AUGCACAGCUCGCAAAAGGAGUGUAAUUCCUCCAUGAAAAACUACAGAAAUGCUGUGGGAGAUUUUAUUGGUGGUGAGGUCCAGCCCUUUCCAAGCUCCUGUGAGAACGGCGUCCUGAAGCUCCGGGGAAGUUACACUGCGUCUGAACGAACCUUUCCAUCUUGCAGCCUGCUGGGUGAGCCAGGGACUCAGGUCAUCAUUGAGGCACCGCUCUACUUCAAUGGCGAUGUCAUUGUUCAGGGCGAGCUGCGAGUCAGCUCAGACCGCAUGUUGACCACGCCAUGCCUGAUAGUUAAAGGAAGCCUCUUUCUGAAGGGAGCAAAUGCCAGCUUUCGUGGAUGUGUGAACAUCGGCCAUUCUCGGGAUGGUCCUCCACAUGGAGGGGCGGCACAUGUUUCUGAGAAUGUAAUCAUGAUCGCAAGCACUGUAACAUUCGAGCAUGGCAUGGCGCAUCGGGGUGGUUGCUUGUUCGUCGGAAAAGACUUCAAGCAGAACGAAGCCAGUGUAGCUCUUUUCAGGAACUGCUCUGCGUCUGAUGGUCCUGGAGGUGGCCUGUGUGUUGUCGAGAACUUCGAACAGACUGGCAGCAGUGCUGCAGAGUUCGACGAAUGCCAAGCAAACGGCGAGAACGCCAAUGGUGGUGGCUUGUUUGCCAAGAGCUUCUUCCAGGAAGGUUCCAGCUCGAUCCUCUUCCGCAACUGCUCCGCGACUGGAGGCGGCGGCCUUUACGCGUACGAAGCCGUUCAGACAGAUGGCAGCCGGGGACAGUUCGAAAAUUGCAUGUCUCUGGAUGGUGGUGGUGGUGGACUUAAGGUUUUGGGCACGUUCCAGCAUGAAAGAAGCUCUUUGCAGUUCAAAGACUGCUGGUCCUUUCAGGACGGCGGCUGCCUUUGGGCUUUGGGCAUGUUUCAGGUCAUGAGCACCGCAUUCUUUGUGAACUGCAGAACAUCUCAGGGGCGUGGUGGGGGUAUUCAUGCACGGAAACUUUAUCAGGCAAGCUUCAGCUCCUUGCACUUCGAGAAUUGCAAGGCCAGUGGUUCUGGUGGUGGAAUGUGCAUAAGGAACACCUUCGACCAGUCAAACAGCGACGCGCGCUUCAGCAAUUGCAGCUCUAAACGUUCCGGUGGUGGAGCCUUCGUGGAGAGAGAGUUCUCCCAACAGCGCGAUGGCUCUGUAAACUUUGAAAACUGCAGCGCCAAUGCUGGUGGCGGCUUGAAGGCUAGAAGCUUCCUUCAAAACGCAGGAAGCAAGGCCGUAUUCGACGCGUGCACAUCUGUUGAUGAUGGCGGCGGCAGUUUUGUUGAUUUUUUUCAACAAGAUGCGGUCAGCUCUGCUCUUUUCCUUCGCUGCUCUGCAGAGCGCAAUGGUGGUGGCCUAUCUGUUGGCCGGCUUCAUGGCAAUGGAUCGAUGUAUUUUGGGACCUGCCAAGCUGAAGCAGGUGGAGGGUUCCAGAUACAAACCAGUGUGGAGUUUUAUGGGCCAUUGGUCCUGAAGGAGUGCCAUUCCAACAGCCACGGUGGUGGCAUUUUAUCCCUAAGCGACAGACCAGGACGUUUCCGAAGCCUAGAUGUCGAAGAGUGCACUUCCGCCACCGCUGCAGCCCUCGCGGUGACACGCGGAACAGCAGAGAUUCGGAUCACUUUCCUCAGGCUCCUGGACAACCACGGAAGCGAUUCGAUCGACAUUUCAGUUUCUGGCAGCUUGAUCAUUGAAAAUGCAAGCUUCGAGGCGCGAUACCAAGAGGGAGCAGGCGGUCACCCUGCUGUUUCUAUCUCGGCACAUCACAUACUCACGGAAGCAGAGAUCGAUUGCACAAGACUCAAGGCAUGCCGGCUCAUGGCGGACGAGUUCCAGGUCGCCGGAUUCCUGUGCUCAGUGGGUUCUGGUGUCGGCAGCCAGGACGUCACACAGCAUGGUUGCUUGAGGUGCCGCGAAGGCUAUACACAGAUCUGCCAUCGGAGCCAACGCUCCUGCCAACGCUGCCCCACGAAAGCCCGCAGAUGUUUUGCUGGUAGCCUCGAGAUGGAGCCAGGUGUCAUGCUUGAGGUGCAGAAUGUAAGCAGGACUUUCCGCUGUCCCAACGAAGUUGCCUGCCCUGGGGGCUCACUGCCGUCGAAAGAGAUUGGCAUGUGCCGGCCAGGCUAUAAUGGCCGCGGCUGCGUAAACUGCGACAAUGGCUAUGCAAUGGCAGACAGCAGUGUGCUCUCAUGCACUGCUUGCAGCGACAACGGUUGGGUUCAGACUGUGCAAUGGCUGCUUUUCUUUCUGCAGCGUGUCUUUCUCUUCGCACUGGCGGCCACAAGCGUGCUGGGAGCUAGAUCGGCGGGCUCUGUGAAGCGCAGCGCGAUCUACAUCAAUCAACUCAUAGCGUUUGCGACCAUCUCCAAAACUAUCAUGACUGCUGUCUUGCAGACACAGACGGCCAAAGAAAUGGGUCGCAUGGCAGCUGCCAUGAUACAAACAUCGGUGAUCUUGGCAGAUUCGGGGUCGGGCGAAGGCGCCCUACUAGGUGCUUCCACACAGUGCUUACUGUCCUAUAUUGACUUUGGCAAGUCCUUGGCUGGAGCUCAUUUCCUGGAACUUGCUGUGGCAGCCUUGCUGGUUGCGAGCCUGGCGUCUUUGAAAGAUUCCAAAGUUGCUCUCGUUGCAGGCUUGAACUGUUUCCUGCCCCCCGUGGUGGCUGGCUUCGGCAAGUAUUUGGUAUGCUACCGCUUGGAGCCUGAAGAUCGCUUCUUGAGCCUCCACUGUCCUUUCCUACCAACCGAGUCAUUGAUGGUCGGCUUUGUGCUGGUGUUUUGCGGCCUAAUCCUCUGCUUCGCUGCUGGACUUUGCAAGUGGCUCAGCCUGUCCCAGUCCAAGCAGUCCAAGGGCAAGCUUCAAGUGCUCGACGAGGCCCAUGUCAUCUUCCUCACCAGCAAGUACAAGCCGCGCUACACCCUGUUUGAGACAGAGCGAUUGGUGAGGAAGACCCUUAUCACACUCAUCCGGGCCGUGCUGCCGAUUUCCCUGUCACCGGCUCUGCAGAUGGGGAGCUUGGGCGUGGUGGUCCUCACAUCCUUGUUGCUUUACACCCUCUGCAACCCUUACCACGCACCGGAGUUUAACUGGAGCGAGAUUGCUUUGUUGUCAACAGCCGCCUACAUGGUUUUCCUGACUUCCAGUCUGCUGGCGAACGAAUCGCACUGGGCGCAUUCGGUGCUGACGCAACAGGCCAUCAUCCUGUGCACUGCGGUCGCCGCGACGGUGGCCAGCUCGCUCAUGACAUGCCGCAUCCUUCUUGAAAAGCUCCGCGAGCGGGAGGGCGCCCGAGAUUUGGAGAGGGAGCAGCAAGCUCACGCCGGUAGUAUCGAGCUGCAGUCACAGAGCUUGGCUAGACGGUGA